AUGGGUGGUAUAUUUUCUAGCAGCACAACCUUUGACCCGACAAAGGACCUCGCGGACCUCACCGGGAAGGUUGCGAUCGUCACGGGUGGCAAUAGCGGCAUCGGCUAUGCAACUGUGCAGAUCCUCGCGCGGCACGGCGCGAAGGUCUACAUCGGCGCGCGCAGCGAGGAGCGUGCGAAGGCCGCUAUCGAACGAUUGCGCGCCGAAGGGCUGCAGCCCGGGAACGGAGAGCUCGAGUGGCUUGCGCUCGACCUGAGCGAUCCGCGCAAGACGAAGGAAAGCGCGGAGAUAUUCCUUUCGAAGGAGACUCGACUAGACAUUCUCGGUAGGUCGUUUGCUGCUGACGUUCCGCGCACCUCUUCCGAAGGCAUCCAGCAGAACAUGCUUGUCAACCACUUCAGCCCCUUUGUUUUCACGAAGGCCUUGCUGCCCCUCCUCAGCGAAACAGCGAAGAAGCCAGAUAGCGACGUCCGUAUAGUCGUAGUAAGCCCGCACCCGCACAGCGAUAUGAAGGGGAGAGGCAUGCGCUUCCGCGACAUCAACGAGAUCAACGAGAAGUUCGGAGACGGCCUGCUUUCCGACUACCACAGAUAUGCCUACAGCAAAUUUGCCAACGUGCUCUACGCGAAACAGUUGCAGAGGAGGCUCGACGUCCAAGGGGUGCCCAUCACCGUCCUGUCCCUUCACCCUGGGGCUGUCGACACAGAGGGUGUCAGGAAGGACCCCGGCGUAACCGCGCCCGUCCUUGGGGCCUUCUUCAGGCUCCUCAUCGGAAGCUUCUUCUUGACAGCCUCGGGUGGCGCGUACGCAUCGUCCUUCGCUGCCGCGUCCCCGAUCGUCAAGGCGGAGAGGGACAAGUACAAGGGAGCGUACUUGGACCCCCCUGGCAAGAUCGUCCCUGCUCCUGCUCCGGAGGUCGAGAGCAAGGAGCUUGCGGAGGAGCUGUGGGCUACGACCGAGACUAUCUUGAAGUCGUUCGAUUUGUAA